AUAGAAAAUAUAAUAGUGAUUUUUUGGAAGGGCAGAAAACAGAAAAUAGUAUAAUAAUAGUCUAUACCAUUUAAAAACAUUUGAACUAACUAAAGUGUGGUUCUCUAAAAAUUCCUCGAAGUAACCGUUCGAUCUGUAGGCAUCUACGAGCAAAACCAUCAUCCUUCAACGAAUCCAGUUUAGUGAUCCUCCCAUUGUCCCCAACUAACCUGGAACCAGCUCAAGAUGCCUAAGCCAGUGGUACAGGUUGGUGGCGACCCCGAUCCCUCCGAAUGGCUCUUCAUUUCGGAGGAGAUGAAACGAAUUGAUCAGAGCAAGCCUUACGAUGCCAAAAAGGCCUGCUGGGUUCCAGAUGAAGCCGAAGGCUAUCUUCUGGGUGAAAUCAAAGCAACCAAGGGUGAAUUGGUAACCGUUGCCCUACCCGGUGGUGAGACCAAGGAUUUCAAGAAGGAUCUGGUAGGCCAGGUGAAUCCCCCCAAAUACGAAAAAUGCGAGGAUAUGUCGAAUUUAACCUACCUCAACGAUGCCUCUGUGUUACAUAACUUGAGAGAACGAUACAGGGCUAGGCUGAUCUAUACCUACUCCGGACUGUUCUGCAUUGUCAUCAACCCCUACAAACGCUGGCCGUUGUACACGUUGCGAGUCGCCAAAAUGUAUCGUGGUAAACGUCGUAAUGAAGUUCCGCCCCAUUUGUUCGCCAUUUCUGACGGUGCCUACGUUAACAUGCUGACGAACAAGGAAAACCAAUCUAUGUUGAUUACCGGCGAGUCUGGUGCAGGAAAAACUGAAAACACAAAGAAGGUCAUUGCGUACUUUGCCACCAUUGGUGCGAGUAAAAAGGAUACCGAAGGAAAGCCGUCCCUGGAAGAUCAGGUCGUCCAGACCAAUCCCGUACUGGAAGCCUACGGUAACGCAAAGACCGUCCGUAAUGAUAACUCCUCUCGUUUCGGUAAAUUCAUUCGUAUUCACUUCACUGCAUCCGGAAAGCUGGCUGGUGCUGAUAUUGAGACAUAUUUGCUGGAAAAGGCCCGUGUCAUUUCCCAGCAAACGUUGGAGCGUUCUUAUCACAUUUUCUAUCAAAUGAUGUCCGGAUCUGUUAAAGGAUUGAAAGAUAUGUGCUUGCUAUCCAAUGAUAUCUACGAUUACCACAAUGUCGCUCAGGGUAAAGUCACUAUUCCGAAUGUCGAUGAUGGAGAGGAAUGUAGGCUGACCGAUGAAGCCUUCGAUAUCUUAGGUUUCACCCAGGAAGAAAAGGACAAUAUCUACAAAAUUACUGCAGCUGUCAUGCACAUGGGUGGUAUGAAGUUCAAGCAGAAGGGUCGCGAGGAACAAGCGGAAGCCGAUGGCAUAGAAGAAGGUGACCGAGUCGCUAAACUGCUGGGUUGCGUUACGGAUGAUCUGUACAAAAACUUGCUCAAACCCAGGAUCAAAGUCGGCACAGAAUACGUCACGAAAGGUCAGAACAAAGAUCAGGUCUACAAUGCCGUCGGUGCCCUUUGCAAAGGUAUCUUCGAUCGUCUGUUCAAGUGGCUGGUCAAAAAGUGUAACGAAACGCUGGACACGAAGCAGAAGCGUGCCCAAUUCAUUGGUGUACUGGAUAUUGCUGGUUUCGAAAUUUUCGACUUCAACGGUUUCGAGCAGCUCUGUAUUAACUUCACCAACGAGAAACUGCAACAGUUCUUCAACCAUCACAUGUUUGUCCUGGAACAGGAAGAGUACAAAAAAGAGGGCAUUAACUGGGCGUUCAUCGAUUUCGGUAUGGAUUUGCUGGCUUGUAUUGAGCUGAUUGAGAAGCCUAUGGGUAUCCUGUCCAUCCUUGAGGAAGAAUCUAUGUUCCCGAAGGCAACCGAUCAAACAUUCGCCGAGAAGCUGAUGAACAACCAUUUGGGCAAGUCUCCCCCGUUCAUGAAGCCCAGGCCACCGAAGCCAGGUAUUCCUGCCGGUCAUUUCGCCAUCGGCCAUUACGCCGGUGUAGUGUCAUACAAUAUCACGGGCUGGCUCGAAAAGAAUAAGGAUCCUUUGAACGACACGGUCGUUGAACAGUUCAAGAAGGGUGAAAACGCCCUGUUGGUUGAAAUCUUCUCGGAAGCUGCACCAGUCGUGGCCGAAGGAGCUCCACCAGCGAAGGGUGGUGGCCGUGGUAAGAAAGGUGCCGCCUUUGCCACAGUGUCAUCGGCCUACAAGGAACAGUUGAACAACCUGAUGAACACUUUGAUGUCCACCUCGCCUCACUUUGUCCGUUGUAUUAUUCCCAAUGAACUCAAGCAGACCGGUCUUAUUGACGCUAAAUUGGUUAUGCAUCAACUGACCUGUAACGGUGUGCUUGAAGGUAUUCGUAUUUGUCGUAAGGGAUUCCCCAACAGAAUGAUGUAUUCUGAUUUCAAGCAGCGAUACCUCAUCUUGGCUCCAGCUGCCAUGCAAGCUGAAGCAGAACCUAAGAAAGCUGCGGAAAAAUGUUUCGAAGCCAUCCAGUUGGAUCCCGAUUCGUACCGUAUCGGUCAUACGAAGGUAUUCUUCCGCGCCGGUGUUCUGGGUCAGAUGGAAGAUUUCCGUGACCAGCGUCUGUCCAAGAUUAUGUCCUGGUUGCAGUCCUGGUGUCGUGGCUAUUUGACUCGUAUAGAGUUCAAAAAGAUGCAGUCACAACGUACCGCCUUGGAAGUCGUACAACGUAAUCUACGCAAAUACCUAAAACUUCGUACCUGGGCUUGGUGGAAACUAUGGCAGAAAGUCAAACCUCUGCUGAACGUUUCCCGCGUUGAGGACCAAAUUGCUAAACUCGAAGAAAAAGCACAGAAAGCCACCGAAGCAUUUGAAAAGGAAGAGAAACUCCGCAAAGAACUGGAAGCCUUGAACAGCAAACUGCUGGCCGAAAAGACUGCUCUGUUGGACUCCCUCUCUGGUGAAAAGGGAGCACUACAGGAAUACCAAGAAAAGGCCGCCAAAUUAACCGCCCAAAAGAACGACCUCGAGAACCAACUCCGUGAUACUCAAGAACGCUUGGCUCAAGAAGAAGAUGCCCGUAAUCAACUUUUCCAGACCAAGAAAAAACUUGAGCAGGAAAUUUCCGGUCAGAAGAAAGAUGCGGAAGAUCUUGAGUUGCAAAUUCAAAAGAUUGAACAAGACAAAGCUUCCAAGGACCAUCAAAUUCGAAAUUUGAACGAUGAAAUAGCGCAUCAAGAUGAACUGAUCAAUAAGCUGAACAAGGAAAAGAAAAUGCAAGGCGAAGUGAACCAGAAAACCGCGGAAGAACUACAGGCAGCAGAGGAUAAAGUCAAUCAUUUGAACAAAGUUAAAGCCAAGCUGGAACAGACCCUUGAUGAGCUGGAAGAUUCAUUGGAACGUGAGAAGAAACUGCGUGGUGAUGUCGAGAAAGCCAAACGCAAAGUUGAAGGUGACCUUAAGUUGACUCAAGAAGCUGUUUCCGAUCUUGAACGCAACAAGAAAGAAAUGGAUCAGACAAUCAUGCGAAAGGACAAGGAAAUCUCUGCACUGUCUGCCAAACUAGAAGAUGAACAAAAUCUAGUUGGAAAGCUUCAAAAGCAAAUCAAAGAACUACAGGGUCGCAUUGAAGAGCUCGAAGAAGAAGUUGAAGCGGAACGUCAAGCACGUGCAAAGGCUGAGAAGCAGCGUGCAGAUUUGGCUCGGGAACUUGAGGAACUGGGUGAGCGUCUGGAGGAAGCUGGUGGCGCUACCUCUGCUCAAAUUGAACUGAACAAAAAACGUGAAGCCGAACUCGCCAAGUUGCGCCGUGAUUUGGAAGAAGCCAACAUACAGCAUGAAGGUACCUUGGCUAACCUUCGUAAGAAGCACAACGACGCUGUUGCUGAAAUGGCUGAGCAAGUUGAUCAGCUGAACAAACUGAAAACAAAAGCGGAACACGAUCGUGCCAACAUGUAUAAUGAGCUCAACAACACUCGAUCAGCAUGUGAUCAGCUAUCUCGUGAAAAGGCUGCCCAAGAAAAGAUCGCCAAGCAACUGCAGCAUACUUUGAACGAAGUACAAGGAAAGCUAGACGAAACUAAUCGUACUUUGAAUGACUUCGAUGCAGCUAAGAAGAAGCUAUCUAUUGAGAACUCCGAUCUGCUUCGUCAACUAGAGGAUGCAGAGUCGCAGGUUUCACAGCUCAGCAAGAUCAAGAUCUCGCUAACGCAGCAACUCGAGGACACUAAACGUUUAGCUGACGAAGAAGCACGAGAGCGCGCCACCCUCCUUGGUAAAUUCCGAAACUUGGAACACGACCUUGAUAAUCUCCGGGAACAGGUUGAGGAAGAAGCGGAAGGUAAGGGAGAUAUUCAACGGCAGCUCAGCAAAGCCAACGCUGAAGCUCAACUGUGGCGCAGCAAGUAUGAAUCCGAAGGAGUUGCUCGUGCCGAGGAGCUGGAGGAAGCCAAGAGAAAACUUCAAGCUCGCCUUGCUGAAGCGGAGGAAACCAUCGAAUCCCUUAAUCAGAAGUGUGUUGCUCUGGAGAAAACUAAGCAACGUCUAUCUACUGAGGUGGAAGAUCUGCAGCUUGAAGUGGACCGAGCUACAUCCAUAGCAAAUGCGGCAGAGAAGAAACAAAAAGCAUUUGAUAAAAUUAUUGGAGAAUGGAAGCUUAAGGUCGACGAUCUGGCUGCCGAGUUGGAUGCUUCUCAAAAAGAAUGCCGUAAUUAUUCCACUGAACUCUUCCGACUUAAGGGUGCUUAUGAAGAAGGUCAAGAACAACUUGAAGCUGUUCGUCGAGAAAACAAGAACUUAGCCGAUGAAGUCAAGGAUCUUCUAGAUCAAAUUGGUGAAGGUGGUAGAAACAUUCAUGAGAUUGAAAAAUCUCGGAAACGAUUGGAGGCUGAGAAGGAUGAACUACAGGCGGCUCUCGAAGAAGCUGAAGCUGCGUUGGAACAGGAAGAAAACAAGGUGCUGCGAGCACAACUGGAACUAUCCCAGGUGCGACAGGAAAUCGACCGGCGUAUUCAAGAAAAGGAAGAAGAAUUCGAAAAUACGCGUAAGAAUCAUCAACGCGCCCUUGAUUCCAUGCAGGCUUCGCUAGAAGCUGAAGCCAAAGGAAAAGCAGAGGCGUUGCGCAUGAAGAAGAAGCUGGAAGCUGAUAUCAAUGAGCUUGAAAUUGCUUUGGACCAUGCAAAUAAGGCAAAUGCAGAGGCACAAAAGAACAUUAAACGUUAUCAACAACAACUGAAGGAUCUCCAGGGUGCCCUUGAGGAGGAACAGAGGGCGCGCGAUGAUGCUCGAGAACAACUCGGAAUCUCCGAGCGCCGAGCAAAUGCACUGCAAAACGAGCUGGAAGAAUCUCGAACAUUACUUGAGCAGGCUGACCGAGGCCGUCGCCAAGCUGAACAGGAACUCAGUGACGCUCACGAGCAGCUUAACGAAGUAUCUGGGCAAAACGCAUCAAUUGGUGCCGCCAAAAGGAAACUUGAGUCUGAAUUGCAAACAUUACACUCCGAUCUCGACGAGUUGUUAAACGAAGCCAAAAAUUCCGAAGAAAAGGCCAAAAAAGCUAUGGUUGAUGCUGCCCGCCUAGCAGAUGAACUGAGAGCAGAACAAGAUCAUGCCCAAACACAAGAGAAGCUACGAAAAGCACUAGAACAACAGAUCAAAGAACUCCAGGUUCGAUUAGAUGACGCCGAAACGAAUGCUCUUAAGGGAGGAAAGAAAGCAAUCCAGAAACUAGAACAGCGCGUGCGUGAAAUAGAAACGGAGCUAGAUAGCGAACAAAGGAGGCAUGCGGAUGCGCAAAAGAACCUUCGGAAAUCUGAGCGUCGUAUCAAGGAACUUACCUUCCAAUCGGAAGAAGACCGUAAGAAUCAUGAACGAAUGCAGGAUCUUGUCGACAAACUACAGCAGAAGAUCAAGACAUACAAGAGGCAGAUUGAAGAAGCAGAAGAAAUAGCCGCAUUAAAUCUUGCUAAAUUCCGCAAGGCACAGCAGGAACUAGAGGAAGCAGAAGAGCGAGCUGACCUCGCCGAACAAGCAGCGACUAAAUUCCGCUCAAAAGGAGGACGAGGAGGGUCAGCGCAGCGAGGUGGAAGUCCAGCAUUAAGUACAGUAUAAAUGUCAGUGGUGUGUCAAAUCAACCGUUCAAUCGUCAGCAGACGAAUGUAGCAGCAUUAAUGCAAAACCAGUUGCAUGGUAUGAAGAUUCCGUUUUUUUACGAUGAGCUAUUUAUAGGAUGACAAUACGAUACAUUGAGUGACGAAGGUAUAUCUAUUUAUUAGAUAUAAUGUAAAAACAUUUAUAAUUAGUUUUAUAAAUAAGAGAUGCGAAUAUAUAAGAGACGUGCAUAAUAA